ACAUCAUCUUGCCUCAAAAUAACUUGUCUCCAAGUCUUGGCAAGUUGUUGAAAAAAUCUGACAAGCUACCAGCUAAAAGAUUUUUGUUUUUAUUGCGAGAGUUUGAGAAACCAUCAGACGUCUGUAACUAGAAACGUGCAUGAGUAUAUAAGUAAGAUACUGGGGUCGACGACGUGUGCAUCUCUCUCAUCAGCGGUAAGAUAGCGGACGACGUCUCAGCAAGAAAACAUGGCUGCAAUCUUCGAGGCGCGUUCGUUAUCCCGCGGUGUCCUGGCUCUCUUCGGCAAGAAAGGCAAAGGUUUAGUCUUUUCUGGACCAGUGCAGCUCACGAGGAACAAUCACAGCGACGGCCCAAACGAUGAGGCGUACGACAUCGUCAUCGCGGGAGGCGGCAUGGUUGGCACGACUUUGGCCUGCGCUUUAGCGAAUAACAGACGACUCGAAUCUAAAAGAAUACUCUUACUCGAAGGAGGGAGCAAAUUCAAAUAUGAACCAAAAGAACAGUAUUCGAAUAGAGUUGUAGCUUUGAAUAAACAAACUCGAGUAUUAUUAUCAAGUAUUGGAGCAUGGAAACACAUAGAAGCUGUGCGGUUUACUCCUGUUCGAAAAAUGCAGGUAUGGGAUGCCUGCUCCGAUGCCAUGAUAACGUUCAACGAAGAUCACCUCGCGGAUGAACUGGCAUACAUUGUUGAAAAUGAUGUACUUCUGCAUGCAGUUGAUACAGUGCUGUCAGAGAGAAAAUCUGUAAAGGUCAUCAAUAAUGCAAAAGUAGAAGAUGUCGUUCUAUCAGAUAUACCAGGAAUCAAUCCAAGCAUACACUUGCAGAAUGGGGAGAGCUUUAGAGCAAAGUUAUUGGUUGGCGCAGACGGACAAAAGUCGCGGGUGCGUCAGGCCAUGGGCGUCCGCUACGUCGACUGGGACUACGACCAGAUGGGCAUCGUCGCUACGGUCAAGUUGUCCGAACCAACGGAAAACAUUGUCGCAUGGCAAAGAUUUUUACCCACUGGUCCUGUGGCACUCUUACCGCUGACAGACUCACUUAGUUCUCUUGUGUGGUCCAUGACAACGGCAGAGGCCAAGAAAUUAUUGCAAAUUCCCGAAGAAGAAUUCGUAGACAAUCUCAAUGACGCCUUGUGGAAGGUGUAUCCAAAAGAUGGCAUUGUCGAAGGCGGCAUGAAAGCCUUGCAACAAUUGCUCGAAAUCCUGCAACUCCAGACUGGCGUCUCAAGGCAAUUGCAGCCAUCCGUUUCGAGUAUCGUUGAAGGAUCGCGCGCUGCAUUUCCUCUUGGCUUUGGUCAUGCCGUUCAAUAUGUACAGCCAAGCGUUGCCUUGGUUGGAGAUGCAGCUCACAGAGUUCAUCCCCUGGCGGGCCAAGGCGUCAAUUUAGGUUUUGGAGAUAUUUCUGCCCUGGUUCAGGUUCUCGCAGAAGCGGUCAAUAAUGGAGCAUUGAUUGGGGAUGUUACGUAUUUAAACAAAUAUGAAAGUAUGAGGCAGUGGCAUAACAUUCCUACAAUGCUGGCCAUUGAUGCUCUCCAUAGAUUGUACAAGGGAACGGCUCCACCUGUUGUUCUGGCACGCAGCUUGGGUUUGCAGUUGACCAAUGCGAUAAAACCUUUGAAAAAUUUUCUAAUGCAACAUGCUGCGGAUCAAGGAACCUCACGAAAAUUGUAAUGGAACGACAAUGUGAUAUGAUCCAAUUUAUUACCAAAAUCUGUACGUAAAUUAUAUUAUUAUUUAAGAUCAACGUGUAUAAUGAUGCUACGUGUUGAAUAGAUUAUUAAUUAAAUCAUUUCUUAUAAAAAUUGAA